AUGACCGUACCCCAGCGGGUCGAGAAAGCACGUUCCAUGGGCAUGUGCUUCAAUUGCCUGAGGAAGGGCCACCGGCUGAAGGAUUGUCCAUCCGAUCGAAAGUGUUUGAAGUGUCGCCAGCGUCAUCAUACACAACUCCAUGACGAGACCAAGUUCAAGCCCAACCAACCCGAAAGCAGGACUGCCGAAGAACCCGUUCCGUUGGAUCCCGCUCCGAAGCCUGUGGUGAAGGAAGCUCAAGCCAGCAGUUCCAGUGCCUCCACACCGCAAGGCGCACACAACGUGACGUCGUCGUGUUCGCUUCAGGCAGCACCGAUCAAGAAAACCGUUCUCCUCCUGACGGCAGUGGUACACGUUUUCGAUGCUCAAGGUAAGCCUCACUGUUGUCGGGUUCUGCUAGACUGCGGGUCCCAAGUACACCUGAUUACGAAGGAGAUGGCCGAACGUAUCGGCGCAAAGAUUUCAUCGGCGAAUGUGAAGAUUUCCGGUGUCAACAAUCGGACAACCACCAGCAUGGAGAAAGCCACCGUCAAGUUCCGGUCCCGUUAUAGUGACUACCGCGCCACGGUAGAGUGCGUCGUGACCCCGGCGGUGACCGGCAGAAUUCCAAGCUCCCACAUCGACGUGACCGAUUGGUGCAUUCCUCCCGGGUUCCAAUUGGCCGAUCCUGAAUUCAACGUCCCUCAAGAAAUCGAUAUGCUGAUCGGUAAUGAGCUGUUUUUCAAGAUCAUCCGGUCCGGUCAGUAUCGGCUGGCAGAGCACCUACCAGAGCUACGUGAUACUCAUCUCGGGUGGGUAUUCACCGGUGAGCUGGAAGAAGCGUGUCAGCAAGGUCCAACGUAUUCCCACACGAUCACCGUCGAGAACGUGUAUGAAGCCCUGCAACGAUUCUGGACCGUCGAAGAAGUUGCCGAUCAAGAACCCAUCUCAUCUGAAGAAGUAGAGUGUGAGAAGCAUUUCCGCUACACACAUGAACGCACCGACGAAGGAAGAUUCGUUGUGCAACUCCCACUGAAGGAAAACGCCUCCCAGCUGAGUGACUGCAGGUCGGUCGCUUUGAAAAGAUUCCACCUCCUCGAACAACGUCUCGUUCGGAAUCCGUGUCUCCGAGAGCAGUACUUGCAGUUCAUCAAGGAGUAUGAGCAGCUCGGCCACUGCAAGCAAAUUGACGAAAGCAGAGAUCCUUCCAACGUCCAAAAAUGCUACCUGCCACACCAUGCUGUUAUCCGUCCAGACAGCUCGACGACGAAGUGUCGAGUUGUAUUCGAUGCAUCCGCCAAGCCGUCGCAGAAUGCCCUCUCUCUGAACGAUGUCCUCAAGGUAGGUGGUACUGUCCAAUCCGAUAUUCUUGAUAUUGUCUUGCGUUUUCGAAAGCACAAAUAUGCUUUCACGGCUGACAUAAGUAAAAUGUAUCGCCAAAUCGUGGUUGCUGCGAUGCAUCAGCCACUCCAACGCAUUUUCUGGAGAGAUAGUCCCGAGCAGCCUCUGAAAGUAUAUCAGUUGACCACCGUGACCUACGGUACAGCGAGUGCUCCUUUCCUUGCAACUCGCUGCUUAGUUCAGUUGGCUGAAGAUGGUCAUUCCGAAUACCCCCUGGGAGCAUCUACCGUUAAGGAAGAUUUUUACGUCGACGACGUGUUGUCUGGCGACGAUACGUUGGAAGCAGCGAUUGAACGACAGAAGCAGGUGAAGGAAUUGCUUGCUGGUGCUGGUUUCCCCAUCCAUAAGUGGUGUUCUAACUCUGACCUGAUGUUGGAGCACAUUCCAGAAAGCGAGCGUGAAAGUCCCAAGGCGCUCGAAGAACAAGGUAUCAACACGGUCAUUAAGGUGCUUGGUAUUUUGUGGGACCCUCGAAGCGAUGAUUUCCUGUUCUCUAUCAAAUCUCCAAAUUUCGAUGCUGAAUCCGAAUCCAACACGAAGCGAAGCAUAUUGUCCGAAAUUGCUAAGCUCUAUGACCCUCUCGGAUUCUUGGCACCCGUGAUUGUUCUGGCCAAGUUACUUAUGCAACAGCUGUGGCGUAGCAAGGUGGGCUGGGACGAGCCUGUCGAAGUAGAAAUAGCUGAACAGUGGGCACAGUUGAAGGCGUCACUCGAAGCAACAAACAGGAUGCGCAUCCCAAGGCGUGUUCUAAUUGACGGAGCAGUGUGCUACGAGCUUCAUGGGUUUGCUGAUGCUUCGAUGUCUGCCUAUGGAGCGUGUGUCUUCAUUCGAAGCGUAUUGGACGAGUCGGCGCAGUUACAACUCUUGUGCAGCAAGUCGAAAGUGGCACCUUUGAAGGCGAUUACGAUUCCGCGACUGGAAUUGUGCGCUGCACUUUUGCUGGCGCGACUGGUGAAUAAGGUGCUGCAAUCAAUCCAAAUGCCGUUUCAUCGUGUGGUGCUCUGGUCGGACAGCCAAAUUGUUCUGGCCUGGUUGCGCAAAUCCCCUGAUCAGCUUCAAGUGUUCGUGCGCAAUCGUGUGGCUGCAAUCCGAGAAGAAACAUCGGAUUUCGAGUGGAUGUACGUCCGGUCGGAGUUCAAUCCGGCUGAUAUAGUGUCGCGUGGGCAGAUGCCCAACGAAUUAGUGAAGAAUGAGAUGUGGUGGCAUGGACCAGACUUUUUGAGUGCAGUGAACUUUGAAAACAAGCCACCCGAAGAGAUCAGUGAAGAAGACAUUCCGGAGCUGCGUGCAACUCCAACAGUGCUACCUGCAAUUGAAAAAGAAGAACAGUUGAAAGUGUUUUCAAAGUACAGCUCGUUCAGAAAGCUACAACGAGUUAUUGCGCUGGUGCUGCGUUUCGCCAGCAACUGCAAGAAGGAUUCAGCUUCACGAGUGCAUAAGACAAUUCCUACCGUGGCUGAACUUCGACUUGCAAUGGACAUUAUUGUGAAAGUGGUGCAACGUGAAGAGUUCUACGAUGAGAUUGCUCGAGUCGAAUCGGGUGAACGAUGUAGACAACUUGGUUCGCUGGGACCCAUCCUAGUGAACGGUGUUCUGAGAGUCGGCGGACGUUUAGAGCAUUCCAACCUUCACUACAAUGAGAAGCAUCCGAUCAUCUUGCCGUCCAAAAGUCCCAUCGUUCGCAUGCUUAUUCGUGCCCUGCAUGAAGAGCAUCUCCAUCUUGGACCGACUGGCUUGGUCCACGUGAUUCGAAGAGAUUUCUGGUUGAUCAACGCUGCAGCUACUAUCCGUGGAGUAACCAGAUCUUGCGUGAAGUGUUUCAAAGUCAAGCCUGUGGACACAAACCAGUUCAUGGGAAACCUGCCAUCCUGCCGCGUGACACCUGCGCCGCCCUUUUCCGUUACUGGCGUGGAUUACGCUGGGCCGUUCCAUAUCAAGCAGGGCCUGCGCAAGGUGACUACCGUGAAAGGCUAUGUAGCGGUGUUUGAGCCGUGCAUCUGGAGCUGGUGUCAGACAUGA